CAUCUGAUGUCAAGCGUCAUAUGCGCCAUUUUGGCUCCAAAAUUGUAUCCGUGCAGAGCAAAUUAAGCGUAUUUUACCAUAUGACCAACAGUAGCCGGACAGUUUUCCCCGUGCCAUUUAGGGUCCCUUUAAAACAUUUGUACCUAUUGCACACAACAAGCGUCAAGGAGAAGGAUAAGAGCCAACCGUCUCCUUUUCAUGAUGUCGGCUAACAGAAGUUCUCUGGUUGGAUAUGGUCUCUCUUCCGAUUCCGACAGCGAUGCAGAGGGAGACGAAGCCAACAUUAAAGAAAUGUCAGAGGAUGGAGUUGGGGAUGGGAGCGGAAGGGGAGGAGCAGAGGACAGCAAGGGCAGGAAUUUGUUGCUGGAGUCAGCAUGUGGGUCGAGUGAGUCGGACUCCGAGCCCGAGCAAGGAGAACAAGACGCCCCGAGGACUCCAGCGGCAGAACCCGCGCCUCGCGUCGUCGCCGCCGCGCCCCCCGACCCCCGUACCCUCGCCCACAAGCUGCCCCCGCCUCCGCUCGGCGCCCCGGGGCUGCCCGCCGCCGGGCUCCCGUCCGGCAGCAGCGUGUUCGCCAACCCCUUCCGCCAGCGGGCGGAGGAGCACCUGAACGUGCUGCGGAAGCACGUCCCGCUCACCCUGGAGCCGCGCCCCUCCCAGAUCGGCGGCCGCAAGAUGUGCAUCUCCUACCGGCGGGACGGGCGCUGCCGCUUCGGGAUCGGCUGCAAGUUCGCCCACGACAGCGACCUGCAGACCGCCGCCCCCCCCGUCGCCGAGGGGCGGGGCCCCGGCGCGGACCACCACCACGACGUCGCUGGCGGCGCCGGCGGCGGCGGCAACCAGCGCGGCGACUCGGCCGCCUCGCACGCGACCCCAGACCGUCGCCGUGACCGCAACGCGCCCUUCCCCUCCCAACCCCAUCCGGAUCAGGAUACUGACCCCGAGGGGGGGCCGGGGAGGAAGAGGAGGGUGGGACUGAGCAACACCCUCGUCCCCCCGAAACGGGCGCUGAAACAGUACGCCACACAGAGAGAGAGGGAAAGAGUCACUCCCUCCUGAGAAACACUGUAACACUGUCGGAGUUAAACAUAAUAUUAAAUGUAUUUUUCUCAGGAAACCCACAAGCAUGUAUUCAGUAGAGACCCCUGAAACGGGGUCAUUUGAGCUCACAAAAGCACGCUUCUGAAGGGCCCCAAGGCUUGUGCAGAAGACAUGGCUAAAGCAGAGAGAGGUCAGGUGGGAGGGGGAGUAGACCCAGAAACGACAGACUUUAUGCCUCCCGGCGGUGGGAGAAGUGCUAAGCGGGAGAUUCCUUUUGUAGUGCAUUUUUUGCAUUCACCUCUUGUGCUGCUGUCCUGGGUUCACGGUGCAGCGUACACACACUUGACCUGUCUGAGUGUAGGCCGUGGUAUGUCCUCAAAGGCGUGAAGUCGGGAGUCAGAGACAUUAGCAUGUUCAGCGGCUGCUGAACUGUGUUUAACCCUGCAAUGGCUGUUCCUUAUCCCGUUCGGCUCUGUGGCCUAAAGCCAAGGUAUUAAAAGCUUCUAAGAUCUUUACAGUUGGCCCCGAUUAUCUUCAGCUUUCCGGUGGCAACUGAGGGAAACCUCAGAACUAUGUUAUUACCCCAGGAAUGUAUAUGGGGUAAUUUCAGAUACAGGAACCCAGGCCUGUAACCUGAUUUAAUUGAGUUUCUGCCAUUUAUGUUCAGGCACACACAUGCUCAUUAGGAUAAUCUUGUCAGCCUGAAGUCAAAAGUUGACAAAGUGACAAUAAAAUUCUGUACAAAAUGUC